ACGCGUUUGUCUCCAAUGGAAGUCGUGGGUGAGUAAGGACGAAGGUGUAGUCGACAGACCGCAGAUGUUCACUUAAAUGCCUAUGACGAGGACACGCGAUUUUUCUAUCUAGAUUUUCUUCCUAACUCCAAUCUAAAAUGUCCACCAACACGUCCGAUAGACAGGCGCUGCAGUCACGGCUGCAAUAUCUGAAGGAUGCAGCCCACCUCUUACACGCACAAUCGCCAACAGCUGCAGCCGUUUUAGGCGCACAAUACGACAAGCUCCUAGUGGACAGGAACCUCGAUCUUGAAGCUUCUCAAAAAGAAUGGGAUUCGCAUCGCCGAGAUAUCUGCGGCGCAUGCGGCAAUCUGUUAAUUCCAGGACGAUCUUGUCAGGUCUCCCAGGAGAGCCAUUCAUCGAAAUCCUCGAAGGCCCCGAAGUCCAAGAGACGUACUGGUGAUGUCGAGAAAGCGAUGGUGUACACGUGCUCGAGAUGCGACGCAAAGACAGUCCAGCCCCUACAACGUCCACCAAAACUCCUGGGAAGACAGGCCGGGAUCUCUAAAUCACAAAACCAGACGAAUUCAAAUCCGAGAGCAACCGCGAUCUCUUCUGAUGACACGUCUACCGCACCGAAAUCUGCCAACGCAAGCAGCAAGAAAAGAGCCAAGGCACGCAAGCAAGGCGGGCUGCAAGCUCUGUUGGACAAAUCUAAGAGCGACACAUCCAAAUCGCGUCAGGGGGAAUUUGGUUUGGACCUCAUGGACUUCAUGAAGGGAACUUGAAGCUCUAUUCACAUUCACUAAAACUCACAUUUGACUAUUUCCGUGCUUCUGCAUGCUUGUUCAGCAC